AUGCGCUACCUAGCCGCCUACAUGCUGUGCCAGUUGGGCGGAAAAGAGCACCCAACCGCUGCGGAUAUCAAAAGCGUACUCUCAUCUGUUGGAAUAGAACAUGAGGAUAGCCGAUUGGACUUGGAGCUAUCAGGGAAAGAGACAGCCAAAUUAAUCGACGAAGGUCGUUCCAAGAUGGCAUCUGUCCCUAUGGGCGGUGGUGGAGUUGCCGCCGCACCGGCUGCAGCUACAGCUGCUCCUGGAGCACCAGCUGAGGCUCCGGCAGCUGCGAAGGCUGCCCCGGCCAAAGAGGAGAAAAAGGAAGAAUCCGAAUCCGACGCAGACAUGGGCUUUGGUUUGUUCGAUUAA